UAGUGCCAGCUCUAAUGUGGAUUGUUAUAUCAGAGAGUCGGAGGACACACGUUUUUCUUUUAAUUUCAAUUUGUUCAAUUAAAAUGCAAUGCAAAACACGCGGCGAUCCAUCAGCCUGAUCUAUACUGUGCAGCAAUGGCAUUGGCAUCGUCUACGGCUGGGAUUGGGCACAAUUACGGACGUGCGUGCAUUGCACCGGUCGGCGUUUCACCUCUCUCGAAAGAAACAUGAGUCGAAUGUUGUCAAUGUUUCCACACUGUUUAAGCCCGUCCAGGUGGACGUUAACCCCGCCGAUUCCGAAGACGUAGGCUCCGAGCUGGUAGGCAAGCUGGAGAAGUCCGAAAUCCUAAAGAUUCUAAAUAAGUUCACCCAGCGGCGUGAGAUCAAAUCAUUGUGUAGCGAGAAUGGAUUGGACUCCUAUUUGCAGCAACAGGCGUUUGGGUCAUUUCGUCGUUAUUGCAUUGAGGCUGAGAAUCUACCUGUGGAUCUGCAUAUAAUCUUUAGCGACAUUAUGCAAGGAGCCGGUCACAUUGAUGAUAUAUUCCCAUACUUCCUGCGGCAUGCUAAAACCGUCUUUCCCCACCUCGACUGCAUGGAUGAUUUGAAAAAGAUCUCAGAUCUCCGGCAGCCUGCCAAUUGGUAUACCAAUGCUCGCGCCAUUACCCGCAAAAUUGUGUUCCACGCUGGACCCACAAACUCUGGCAAGACGUAUCAUGCCAUGGAGCGGUAUUUAAGUGCCAAAAGUGGCGUCUAUUGUGGACCCCUCAAGCUGCUGGCCACAGAAGUUUACAACAAAGCGAAUGAGCGUGGUACACCAUGUGAUCUAGUCACAGGUGAAGAGCGUAAAUUCGGCAUCAGCGAGAACUCACCAGCCAGCCAUGUGGCCUGCACUGUCGAGAUGACAUCUGUAAACACACCCUAUGAGGUGGCCGUCAUCGAUGAAAUACAACAGAUACGAGAUCCACAACGUGGUUGGGCCUGGACUCGGGCAUUUCUGGGACUAAUUGCCGAUGAGGUGCAUGUAUGUGGCGAGGCUGGCUCCUUAGAAUUGCUGGAGAAGAUCUGCGAAACUACUGGCGAAACAGUCGAAGUGCGUCGCUAUGAUCGUCUUACAGAGCUCACCGUUGAGAACACUGCAUUGGGAUCACUUGAUAAUGUAAGGCCUGGAGAUUGCAUUGUCUGCUUUAGUAAACACGAUAUUUAUACUGUAUCGCGAGAGAUCGAGGCACGCGGUAAAGAGGUGGCUGUCAUCUAUGGUGGUCUACCACCGGGAACUAAACUCGCACAAGCAGCUAAAUUUAAUGAUCCGGAAAAUAGCUGCAAAGUAAUGGUAGCCACCGAUGCUAUCGGUAUGGGCUUGAAUCUGAGCAUACGCCGAAUUAUCUUUUACUCCCUAGUCAAGCCGACACUAAAUGAACGUGGCGAGAGGGAAAUUGAUACAAUUUCUGUGUCGGCAGCACUUCAAAUAGCCGGACGUGCUGGCCGUUUUCGCACACAGUGGGAGCAUGGCUAUGUCACUGCCUUCAAGGCGGAUGAUCUGUCGACACUGCAGAGGAUUUUAGGCCAAACACCAGAACCCCUGAAACAAGCUGGUUUACAUCCAACUGCCGAUCAAAUUGAAUUAUAUGCCUAUCACCUGCCCAACUCCUCGCUAAGCAAUCUAAUGGACAUUUUCGUCAACCUUUGCACAGUGGACGACUCUUUAUACUUUAUGUGCAACAUUGAUGAUUUUAAAUUCCUAGCCGAGAUGAUACAACAUGUGCCUUUGCCUCUCCGUGCGCGUUAUGUCUUCUGCUGUGCGCCGAUUAACCGAAAGAUGCCUUUCGUUUGCUCAAUGUUCCUUAAGAUUGCCCGCCAAUAUAGUAGAAAUGAGCCAAUAACAUUUGAUUUCAUCAAAAGGAAUUGCGGCUGGCCUUUCAAAUUGCCAAAAACCAUAUUGGAUUUGGUUCAUUUGGAGGCGAUAUUCGAUGUAAUGGAUUUGUAUCUAUGGUUAAGCUAUCGCUUUAUGGACUUGUUCCCAGAGGCAGCCAGCGUGCGAGAGGCACAGAAGGAACUCGAUGAGAUCAUCCAGCAAGGUGUAUUUCAAAUAACACGUCUACUUAAGAACACAGAGGCCGAUCAGGAUGGUGACACAGUGCCAAACUAUGGCAUGCGUCGUGUCACUCACGUAAAAGAGCCACGUCUGCCAAGUGGCUCACGUGGACGCCUUACCGAAAGACUCCUAGCCCAAGGACUCUUGACGCCGGGCAUGCUGAGUGAGUUGCGUAAAGAAUGGAAUGCCCAAGCUAUUACCAGCCACAGCAAUAACUCCAAAGAAACUCAGGAAUAUCAAGAUAGUGACGAUGAAGACAAUGGGGGUAACUACAAGAAGAUGAGAAGAAAGCGCAAGAAAUAGUUUUAAAAAACCCCAAAACAACAAUGGAAAAAUAAUAGUGUAAAUAACAAAAGUUGUUAGAGAUCUUAUUGUAAAUUGUUAGUUUUUAAUAUUAUCGUUUUAUUCAUUUAAGUCGCAAUUAUGUAAUAUUAAAAUUAUUAUUCUGAUAAUCAACAAUGACAA